AUGACAGACGAUCCGGAACGGGUGUGUCCGGCUCCGACAAUAGCCGAAGUCGGCAGUGAGAAAAGCACAGUCAACUUGCAAGCUCCAGCUGUAGGCUCCAUUCUCAAUGCCGAGCCUCAGGAAGUUCGCACAAGGAAGAAGCGUCUUCAGCUGAGCUGCGGCGAGUGCAGAAGGAAAAAGCUCUCCUGUGAUAGAGGCCGACCCUGCCGCCGUUGCGUCAGGACGGGAAGAGCAGACCAGUGCGAAUUCGAAACUACCCCGAGGCCUCUGUUGCUACCAAUCAAUCAAAGCGCUCAGCUGGAGCAGAUCAAAUCCGACCAAGCCGAGCUUCAGAAUCUUCGAACUGAGAUUUUUCAGUUGAGGGAGCUGCUCUCAAAGCCCACGACUCAGCAAGGUAGAGAUCUCUUUACAGAAGACGUCGAUGGCGAUGAGAUUCCAAAAAGAAGUGGAGUGGAUGUCAAGGACAUCAUUACAAUCAGUCGGAAUUCCAUCAACACCAACGAUGGCCCGCCGGAUCCAAGAGAGAAAUCCCCACGGGGAUACUACAGGCGACAUACUCUCUUGCGAUUCUUUUCAGAGAUUCCGCAGCUGUUUCCAUUCAUCAAGGAAAUAGCUGAUCAAUGGCUUAAGCCUUACGGGAUCUACAUCAAGAAGAAUAAAGCCGGCAAAGAUGACGGCUGGAAAAUGAAGAUGGCAGGCCAAGAGCAGCCACUGCUAGAAAGUCUUUUGCCACCGAAAGGUGACACUGAUGUGCUAAUCGCCAUAUACCUUGAUCAUUUCGAGCAGCUCCAUCGUGUCGUCCAUGUUCCCACAUUCAAUAGGGAGUAUAUUAACUUUUGGACCCCUGGCAAGACACGAUAUCCUACAAUGGCAGCGAUGAUACUGUCCAUGAUUACAGUGUCGAUUUGUGCCUCUGCCCACCUUGUUGGUUCUACACCAGUCCCUGCCGCCUACCGGAAUAUGGCUGAGCAGUGGAUUUUUGCAAUUGACGACUGGCUAAGACUGCAAAGCACAAAACACCGCAAACUCGUGCACUACCAAGUCGCCUGCCUGAUGUACAUGGCCAAACGGAUGAACAUAGUUGGCAAGAAGAGAUUCUGGAAAGACACCGGCUCUUUAGUUCAAGAUGCCAUCAUGGAUGGUUUGAAUCGCAAUCCUUCCAUAACAGAUGCCUUUUUCAUAAGGGAGAUGAAGAAGCGGAUAUGGUACACCAUUCGCGAGUUGGAGCUCCAGAACUCGUUUGAAUGCGGCCUACCCACCCUUCUUCACACCAUCGAUUCCAAUGUCUCAGCGCCUACCAAUCUUGCCGACGAAGACUUUGACGAUACAACCAAGCAGGCCCCUAUUUCAAGACCCUCCAAUUACUAUACGACGUCCUCUUACCAGUUCCAUAGCUUCCGCAGUUGGGAGCUACGCCUCGAGAUAUCACGACGGUUAUUUGGAUCCGGAUUCUUUAGGGCUCUGGCCUACGACGACGUUUUGCGAUACACUCACGAAAUCACAAAAGCGAUCAAUGACCUCCCUCCUUGGAACAGCAGCAGAAACGACAGAAAAAGCGAUGCAAGACUCCUCUUGUCGUACUCAAUGCUAGAGUUUCAGCUCAAGGAAUGUCUACUAACCAUCCACCGACCAUACAUCGAUAGAGAAGGCGGCAGCUAUCCUCUUUCGGAGAACAUUUGCUACCAAACAUCACGAGAGAUUCUAGUUUCGAGUAUUCAGCUUAUGGGCUUAGGUGUUCAGAGUUUGGCGCAGCUGCGCGAAGAUCUUGCGCUUGCUUCACUGCAUAUAACUCGUCUUACUCUAUUGCAACCAGAAGGCUCUAAUAGCAUCAUCAUGGUUAAUGCACCGUCGACGGUCGACUUACUGGAGCAAUGCCUCCCUAUCAUCGAAGACAAAUACCUGCGCUUCUCUGAUCCCUGGACAUUUUUCAUCAUGUGCACAGCCAUCAUGCUCAUCAAGAUACAUAUGGGGAAGGAAUCUCGACAAAAUGCCAAGUCAUCUUGCGCACGCAGAUUUCUGGACUUGUACUACAAGAAUGUAUGGAUGCGCCAGCCCUCUGAUCUCGCUCAACAGCAAGCAAUCACCCAAGACAUUGUCAAUCAAACAGCCGUAAGUUCCACAUUGGCCACCUUUCAAUACACUUCUUUUUCUUGCACGCCGUUCUUGAUCAACAACCCAAACUUAUGUCCGUGUCUAACAUAG